CACGUACGCACGCACGGCGACGAGCGGGCGGGGGAGGAGGGCGAGAUCGGAGGCGCCCCGCCCAGUCAGCGAGGUUGCGCGUGCCCCUUGCGACCGCCAAGAUGGUGGUAGGCGCGUUCCCUAUGGCGAAGCUGCUAUACUUGGGCAUCCGGCAGGUCAGCAAGCCGCUUGCCAACCGCAUUAAGGAGGCCGCCCGCCGAAGCGAGUUCUUCAAGACCUAUAUCUGCCUCCCGCCAGCUCAACUGUACCACUGGGUGGAGAUGCGGACCAAGAUGCGUAUCAUGGGCUUCCGGGGCACGGUCAUCAAGCCGCUGAACGAGGAGGCGGCCGCCGAGCUGGGCGCCGAGCUGCUGGGCGAGGCCACCAUCUUCAUCGUGGGCGGCGGCUGCCUGGUGCUGGAGUACUGGCGCCACCAGGCACAGCAGCGUCAUAAGGAAGAGGAGCAGCGUGCAGCCUGGGACGCGAUGCGGGAUGAGGUGGGCCACCUGGCGCUGGCGGUCGAGGCCCUGCAGGCGCAGAUGCAGGCGGCACCACCGCAGGGCGCCCUGGAGGAGCUGAAGGCGCAGGUGCAGGAGGUGCGCUCCCAGCUUGGCGCGCCGGACCCAAGUUCCACGUCCAAGGCCGUGUCCACAUCCAAGGAGUAGGAACCUGCUGAAGCCUGAACUUAGACGUGGCCAUGUGUGCAGUGAUGUGGCCUUCUCCCUGCAUUGCCCCGGCCUGUGCUGGCCCAGUGGAAACCACCAGGAUCUUGAUGGAACUGGGAUUAGCUCACCUCCUACUGAUGACCAGUGGUGCCUUCCACUGGGACCCGCCCCCCGGCAGGCGAAGCCUUCCAGUGUGGCCCCUCCAACCGCUAGCUCCUUGGUACAGUGGGCAGUGCCCCUGGCUCCACCCCCCACGCCAAGCCACAGGGCUCUGCGAGGUCCUCGCUGGCAGAACAGCAUGCUCGCUCUUCUGACAGAAGAAAAAUUGGAACAGGACUUAAGCCAGAUCAACCCGUCGGCCCCCUGUUUACCUGAUCGGUGUUACCUUUCCCUGGGAGGCUCCUCCUUUGCACUGGAAGCCCCCCUUUGCUUUGUCAGUUGGUAGAGGCCGUUGUAAGGCAAUGCUGUGUCUUUAAAUGAACUUUUGUCUCACUCACCCUCCAAGGUGGGCUCUGUCUGGGCAUUGCCACUCUUUUUGAAGGGAGAAAGGUGGAUCCUGGCUUGCAGUUGAUCCAUCAAGUAUUAUCUCUUUUCCCUUAACCUGAUCUCUGGUAUUUUACCCUGAGAUGCUCAAAUGGAAAAUUCCAACAGACCCCCCCACCCCCACCCCCGCCAACUGCAGUGGCCGUGCAGGGUCUUCUCCUGGCAGUGCCCUCACAACCCCCCUUCUGGUAGGAGAAUUGAUCUAGCCACAGGCCCCCUGUUUAGUCCCUGGGCCUUUCCUGACGUGUCCUUUCCUCCCCUCCCAGCUGUCUGCUUCAGGGGCCUGUCUUAGGGGGCUUCUGGCCAUGGACUGGAUGGUCCAUCAACUCUGUAGAUCUGCGCGCUCCUACCUUCCUCUCCCGGGGCUCCAGCAGUCCCCCUUCAUUCACUGGGACCCUCCUGCCUCCAUAGCCCUAAGUCCCACCUGCAUCCCACUGGGUUGGGCCACCAGUUGGUCGUACCUCUGUAUUAGUUUCCAGGGCUGCCAUAACAAAAGACCACAGGCUCAGUGGCUUUAAACAGUUUAUUCUUUCAUGGUUCUGGAAGCCAGAGCGCUGAAAUCACAGUGUUAGCCAGGCCAUGCUCCCUCCAAAGCCCCUGGGGGAGGAUCCUUCCUUGCCUUUUUGGCUUCUGGCGGUCUCAGGCAUUCCUUGGCUGGUGGCCCCAUAUCUCCAGUCUCUGCCUCUGUCUUCAUGUGGCCUUCUCUUCCUCUUCUGUCUCUUAUAAAGAUUCCUGUUAUGGGAUCUACGACCAGCCCCAAAUCUAGAUGACUUCACUUCAAGAUCCUUAGUUCCGUCUACAAGGAACCUUUUUCCAAAUAAGGAAUUCAAGUUCCCCGGGUUAGGCUGUGGACAUAUCUUUUGGGGCCACCAUUGGACCCGCUACACCUCCCCACCCCAGGAGUACUGGGACCCCUGCCAGCCCUGGGGCCUUGGGGGAACCACCCUUUACUACCUGACUUCUCCUCCAGGACUCAUCUCUGAAGCAGGAGAGCUCUUGGCCCCACCACCUACAUUCUGCCUUUCAGACUCUAGACGUUUCCUAAUUCAAAGAGCCCUGAAGUCAGGACAUCAUCUUAGGGAUGCGUCCAAGAAUCAGAUUGUGGAUUUCCAGAAUGGGUACAAGGCUUGUUAAAAUUGGGGGAGACGCUGAGAAGGUUCUGAUGGGGGUGAGCAGUAGAGCAUCAUCCAAGAUGGGGAAACUGCAGCCCAGGGGGAGCCAAAGGACUUGCCCAAGGCCAUGAGGUGCUGAAGUAGUGCGAGCAGAGUCGGGGCACAGGGGAGACAGGAGGGAUGCAGGGUGCUGGAAGGCACUGGUACAGGGCCGGGAGGAAGACGAGAGGCAGGCGGAUUACGGGGCGGGAGGGGGCAGAGAUCUCUACACAGCAUUGGGAGUAGGGGGUGGGAGGCUCGGUUCUCUAUCAGAACACCCAAGGUCUUAGCAUGGAGUGAACGGGGUUAGAUGCACCCCCCCUCGGUCCGCCUCCUGGGAGCUGUAGGUGAAGCGGGAGGGGCCGGCUUUCUCUCCCUUCCUUCCUCCCUCCCCUCACUUCCCCAGCGGAGUGAAAAUGAUCUGGACACAAGACCUCCCCAAAUAGAAAACCAAGAAACGGGGGGUUCUGAAACAGCAUCUUCAUUCCUUCUAGAAGAGCCCCUCUGAUGUAGCGGGAGGUGGGGAGGUGGGUCCCAGGUAGGAGUGUCUUUAAAAUCAGAAGUGACCUGAGUGGGUUAAAUGAUGAGGGGAAGAGGGCAAGAGAGAGCUCCCCCUGGAAGAAGGGGUGCUGAUGGUUGGAGCCAGGUGAGCAGGCUCACUGCCUGUUUCCAUGGUUACCCCUGGAGGGCUCCACUCUGGCAGUGACACAUCUCUGGAGCAUGCAUUUCUGGAGGCCAGAGACUAGGACUGCCCGCCCCCUCUCCACCCCCCAUCAAUAAGCAGCGUCAUUAUCAUGAUAGACGGAGUUUGCUGAGCUCUGGGUAGGUGCUGGGCCCCGUUCUGAGUGCUUCGCAUGGUCCCCAUAACAUUAUUUUCUUUGUUUCUUUGAUGAAGAAUCCAAGGCACAGAGAGGGCAAGUCACCUACCCAAGGUCACACAGGCAGGGAAGAUGCUGAUGUGUACUUAGGCAUGGGGUGCAUCCGCUUCACCCUGGGCGGGGGGUUGUCAGCGCACAUGGAAGUGGAGAGAAUCCCUUCUCAGGAUGCACACGGUCAGAGGACGCUUCUUCGCUCUGUUUUCCAGCUAGCUAAAAUUUUGUAUACAUUCUCAACUUGGGGAGAGGGAUUAGAAUAAAUUUGUCAUUCACA